UCCAUCUCCAAAAUCAGGGUCUCUCGUUCUCCUCCUCCUCCUCCUCCUCCUAGGGUUGGAUCUGAUCUCGUUCUUGAUAUAUUUUACCCUCUAUUGCUUUCAUCUUCCCAGCUGAGGACUUCUCUCUCUUGUUUGGUGCACAAAAUGGCGAAUUCGGCGUCCGGAAUGGCAGUGAAUGACGAGUGCAAACUGAAGUUCUUGGAGCUAAAAGCAAAGAGGAACCACCGGUUCAUUGUGUUCAAGAUUGAUGAGAAGAUCCAACAAGUCAGCGUGGAGAAGGUCGGGAGUCCUGAAGAAACCUAUGACGAUUUCACCGCAUGUAUGCCCGCCAAUGAGUGCCGAUACGCUGUUUUCGACUUCGACUUCAUCACCGACGAGAACUGUCAAAAGAGCAAGAUCUUCUUCAUUGCCUGGUCGCCAGAUACAUCAAGAGUGAGGAGUAAGAUGCUAUAUGCGAGCUCUAAAGACAGAUUCAAGAGAGAAUUAGACGGCAUUCAAGUGGAGUUGCAAGCAACUGAUCCCAGCGAGAUGAGCAUCGACAUCAUCAAAGGGCGAGCUCUCUAAAUGAAUGGAUCCCUUAAUUUAUGAAAUUAUAUCUUUCUAUGUAUCCCAGUGAGCAGCAAAUUUUGCUUCUUCUGUAUGU